GUGACGUCACGAGGGGGAGGUAAACAGAGGCGAGCGGCCAGUUUUCACUCGGCGACAGAAAUCCAAGGUGAUACCCGGGCUGCAACAAAACUCUCAUCCCGCACGAGAAACAAGUGCGCAUCUAGUCAGCACAUCUACAUUUCAGCGAUGCUGGGACACCUGAGCGGCUACCUGUUCGGCAACUCCGAGGGAACGGAGGCGCCGGCGGCCGCUGCGCCCGAGACCGUCACCCCGUGUCGCGAGCUGCACAUCGACGACCCCGAGCUCGACGAAUGGGUCAUGGUGGCCGAAGGCGCCACGCCGGGGGCCACUCCGGGCGUGACCCCGGCGUGCAGCACCAGUCCGAGCACCCCCACCUCCCAGCUCACGGUGGACGACAACUGGACGCUGACGCCGCCGGCCUGCUUCGGCGGCCGCGCGCCGCUGCCGCCCGCCUCCAGCCUCGAGAACCUGCUCAUCGAGCACCCGUCCAUGUCCGUGUACGUGCGCGGCGGACGGCCGGCGCCGCCCGCGCCCGCCGCCGCUACCGACAGGACGCCGUCGCCGCCGGCGGCCGCGCCGGUCCCGCGCCCGUCGGCGGCGGCGCGGCGCGCGGCGCACGCGGCCAGCCAGCCGGUGCCGGCCGCUCAGCUGCAGCGGCUGGCAGUUCAGCAGGCUCAGAAGCACGCCAACCGCAGCGCCCAGCGGCAGCUGCGUCCGGCGGCUCUGGAGCGCGCCAACCUGGCCCGUCACGUGGCCGCCGGCGGUAACCAGCGGCAGCGUCGCCAGCACCACUACACCACCCGCCACUCUGGCGCCAACAACAACCGAAAGUGCUGAUGACGGAGGCGGUUAGAUGGAGGCACGGCGACCGAGGACGGUCCGUGGUGCCGCUGAGAGGGACGCGACUGGACGACGCCAAGGGAGCCAGCGAGAGGACGUGAUGUCCCGCUGGGCGAUGCAGGACAUUCGCCAAUACCGGAUGACGCUUGGCGUCAGGUCCGGUGCGCGUCGAUGACGAUGAGAUGACGUCGAUGACGUCUUUGACGUUUGGUGACCGCGCGGUGAAGUCUGAUGACGUAGGACGUCAUCGGCUGCCGGCGCGGCGCCGUAGAAUCACCUCACCUGACCUGACCUGGUGCUGGCCGGGGCCGGCCGGCGGGCUCCGGUGCUCUACGGACGGUGUUCUGCGGUCCACGGCGUGCUCCCGGUGCUCCGCCGGUGCUCGGACCCUACCUACGGGAAGGGGUGGCGGAGGGCUGGCGGACGUAGCGGACCAGCCGCACCCCUCCGACCGGAGCCCGCCGGCCGCCGGCCCCGGCAGCCACGCAGGCCGGUCGGGCGCCUUUAUUUAUUGUCGCCUGCGCGGACGGCCCGCGGCGGCCCGCAGUCCUACCUCGCAUGAGACACUGGCGGGCCGUCGCGGGCACCCGCCACGCAUCUUCCGCAUAGAACCACCUAGGCUUUCAUUGGUGACGCGUAGAUAGCCGUUCGCUAGGGGAGGCAAGCCGCGCGCGUGCGGCGGGCCCGCCGAUAACUCGCCAAUGCUCUCACAGCACCACCGAGUGCCGCUCGUAGACUAGAUGACGAUAUGCACCGCGCGCGGUCCGUGUUUAUCUUAGGAUCUUCGUCCUCAGGAAAACAAAAACGGUAAAAAUGAUUACAUGUGAAAACCCACAAAUAUGUGUGUGGUGUGUGACGUUAGAUUUCUCAUAUUAUCGGGAGCGCUACUAGGUGUGCCGUUUGGUGCGCGUGAGUGUGCUUAUAUUGACGUAUGUAGUGUGCCCUAGGUGGAAUCUGUCAUCGGUUGUUACGUAUGUCGCCUGUCGCCGCUGGCGCUGACAAUGACGAGCACGGACGGUUGUUGUUUGGGAGCGCAGGCGUCGCCAGCCACCCGACUGUCUCCAACACUGCCAAAGCCACCAGAGGUGCCGAGAGAGUGCGAACGGCGCCCAUCCUGCCCCGGUCCGGGGGCCCGCCGCCUUCACCAUCGGGCGGUUACACAGUGUCGUGUCAACCUGAGCUGCCGCAGGCUAAUAAUCAAAUACAUCUUUCUGUGAAAGACCA